AGUGCAUGUGUGGCUGUUGCGGCUGUUAACCUGGCCACAGGCAUUAUGGACCGAUGCAUGUGAACUGACAGGAAAUAAAGAGAGCGCGCCAUUAAGCCAUCAUUGUCGACGUUAGAACAAACCAUGGACAGAGCAGCGGCCCAAACAGAUUCGCUAAUUGAGGUCGUUGUCUAGAUUUCGCAGCGCACAAAUCGCACGCCAUUUUCUAGCAUGCUCUAGGAAUCAUCUACAAUAUUACGAAACUCGAACAUCCAAGUAACAAGAAACAAAACAACAAAAAACUGAAAGAAAUCACAAAACAAAUCGAAUAAAGCGAGCAAGUCGAAACACGUUUGAGGAAUACGUAACCGGAAACGAAAAUCGAAACGGAAACGGAAGUUGGAGAGAGAGGGAAAGAAGGAAGGAUAACACAGUUCAGAGGCCACGCCCACCAACAUGAGCAGCAUGAAGGGCGGCUUCUCCACACUUAACCGCUGGUUUGGCCGCAAAAAGGACAAAACCAGCACUGGCAGCACCUCCAUCGGCAAGCUGUCCAAGUCAACCACACAGCUGCAUCACCUGUCCACGGACACGGACAUUAACGAGACUAGUCAGCUGGAGUACAACAGGAUAACGCCGGUGCCGGCUGCCACCAGUAAUGCACCCUUUGAGCAGACAUUCCGCAUCACGGUCCUGCUGCCCAAGGAUCAACUAUUUGUGGCCAGACUGGGCGCCCGAGUGCCGCUCAGCAAGCUCCUGUCGCUGGUCUGUGACAACAAGCAGCUGGAUGCGGAUAAGUACGAGUUCCGGAGUCCAGUGGACGCUAGUCAGGUGUAUAGCUGCGAGUCGACCAUUGGCGCUGUGGGUCUCUCAGAGAUCCGUCUGUGCCACAAAUCCGAGUCAUAUGACAACUUUAAUCCGGAUGCCAUGCACCAUCACAAGUUCCAGCGUACCGGCAUCGCUCGCGAUUCCCUAAGCAGCAGCUCGGACUUUAGCAGCAGUCGCCACUCGAAGGUGACAGCCAAGACGCCAAGUCCGUACAGUUCGAGCAACUCCCUCAACUCGAUGGACUCCACUGGGAUGAACUACACCCGAACGCCGGUGGUGGUGCCCCCACCGCAGGCAACAAAGGUCAUGGCACCGCCGCCGCGCAAGAAGCGUGCAGCGCCGCGUCCUCCAAAUCAAAUAUGCAUACCAGAGCAAUCCGUGCCGGAUAUACCCUCCACAGUAGGAGCAGGAGGAGGAGGAGGAGGAGGAGGAGGAUUGAAGUCAGAACCCGCCUAUGCGGUGAUUGUAAAGCGUCCACAGUUGUGCAUGUCCACGCCCAAUCUCUCAGCCGGUCAGCUGGAGUUGGAUUGCAAUGGCAAUAGCUCCAAGUCACUAAAGGAUGAAGACUCUGCCUCCGAUGGUCACUAUGCCACGCUGGAUCUGAAGCAGCCACCAUCGGUUAGUGGUCCAGAGCCAACGCCCAGGAAGCGUAUAAUCCAAAUCAAAAAGAAAACAGCACCGGCACCGCCACCUGGCGAAGAUACCAUAUCGCUGGCCUCCAUACCAGAGCCAGUGACACCCACGGCAAGUGUGCCGCAACCGGCGCCAAGGAUCACAAGCCCGCUGCCAGUUGGACAGCCACCACUGCCCGUCAGUGCAGCGCCACAAGUGAAUGGUAAUGGUAGUGGAACACCCAAUGGAAGCAUGCCGGGAACACCCAAUGCCAUGUCUUUGGACACUAACAAAGGUAUUCCCAAUGGCACACCCAAUGGAACCCCUCUUGGCACCCCCAAUGGCAAUGUAUCCAAGGUACUCCUGAAUCGAACACCCACACCAGAGCCCCGAUCUCUGGGCAGUGCCACCGAAGAGGAUGACAAUGAUGCGGCCUCGAAGCAAGCAGAUUCCGGCAUUGGUGAGCCAGUACCAUCGCCAUCAUCUGUUACGCCCGAGCCAGAGGCCGAGAAGUCGCAGCAAGAGUCCAGUUCCGAGGACGAUGAGGCCAUCAAAGUGUAUAACUUCAAGCUGUGCCAGACCUCCUCCAAGAAGGAGAAGGAAGAACUAAUAACGCCACCAGUGGCCACCAGUCUGGCUGAACUGGCGGUGCUUACAGCUGCCGCUGCCGAGGAUGAGGAGGAAGCUGGCAGAAAGGAAGAGGGACAAAUGGUCAAUACACCCAGCAGUGCCAGCGAACAGACAUCGCUCUCGUCGUGGAAUUACUCGGUGCCCAUAUCACCGCCGCCAGAUUUCUCCGAUCAGCAAGGACGCCAACGAAGUGCUGGCUCAAUGAGUCCCGGUUCGCCACUGGACGAGAUUGUGGACGAACUGUCGGCGAUAAUCAAUCACCAGGGACUGGACACAUUGAUUAAGAAACAGCCCGAUCCUCGGCUGGCCGAGAUUGAGGCCGCAAAACCGAAUCGUUUGGCAAAUUUCAGUAUAGCCACGGCCACGGCAAAGAGUACAACACGGAUUACUAGAGCUGACUCCUUUCAGGCAGGAUCCGGUGCCGAGGCAGAGGUAACAUCGCCCGGCGGAGGAGCACUCAGCCUGCGCAGCACUUCCCAUGUCUCGCUGAAUAAGUUGGAGCAGCAGAAUGGUUACAGCUUGGGUCAGCGUCGCUCCUCCAGUGAGCUAAGCAUUGGCGAGUCACCCUCGCUGCAAAGUCUGGAGGUGAUUAAGACUAUCCUCAACUCCAGGAAGAAUAGCUUGGCCGAGAGUGGAGGCAGUACGUCACCAACUGUGGAGCAACCAAAGAGCAUAAAGCAGGAGCAGCCCAAAGAGGAGACAACGGUGGAUGGCGGAAAUAGAGCUUUGGCAGCUGACAUCGUCAAGGAGCAGCAGCCAUCACCAAGGGAUCUACCUUCCCCUGUGACUUUUAUUGCUCCUUCUCCUACUCCUGUCCAGGAGGCAUCACCCAAACCCAUGGAAAAGCAAAAGCCUGUGCCUGUUGCCAAGCCAGUGUCACCUGUUAUCCCCAGACAAGUGGUUUCUCUGGUUCAACAGCAGGAGUCUCCUUCUGUCAUUAAGAAAGAGUCUCCCCCUGUCGCCAAGAAGGAGUCACCUUCCCCUGUCGCCAAGGAUUCACCUCCUCCUGUCGCAAAGGAUUCACCUCCUCCUGUCGCUAAGAAGGAUUUACCUAUCGCUAAAAAGGAGUUAUCUCCACCAGUCCAAAGGCAAUCCCCUUCAGCUGUCAGCAGACUCAUCCUGGACCAAACUCCAGUUCAGAAACUAGAUGCAGCUCCAGUUGCAGUCUCUACAACGCCCCCGAAUACACCAGCCUCACCUGCCACCAGUCCCGCGGUCACCAUGAGAGGCAACACAGGCCAGGUGGAGAGUCCCCAGCCGGCCAGGAAGCCCAUCGAAUUGUCACCCAGCUCCAAGCCAAUGCCACCCACAUAUCGAUAUUCUGGACCGCCCAGCAUUAACUUUGCCACGUGGAGUGAACGACCCAAGUCCCAGGUGGCCAUUAAAAACGAAGGUGACUACAUAUUCGGUGGAGCAGGCAAGGCUCAAGGAAUGCAAUCACCACCACCAGCAGCAGCAGCAGCAGGAGCAUCAAACUCCAAGCUCACCAUUGAGGUGGCUUCACCCAUACUGAGAAUGGGUAUUUCACAGCGAAAGGAAUACCAUGUGCCCAUCACGGUCAAGCCGCUCAAGGAUGUUGCCAUCCCAGAGGCAGAGACAGAGAAUCCCGAGGAAGUCAAGUCACAACCACAAGUCCAAGUCCAAGUCCAGCCCCAAGUCAAGCAACAAGUCCAAAACCAAGCCACAAACCAAAAUCUAUCUUCGACGCUGCCGCGACCUGCCAAGAGUCAUCGCUUCACCCUGCCAGCCGGUGGUGGGAAUCAUCACAUCCAAACGGUGACGAGCACCAGCAGCAGCAACUCCCUGCCAAGACCCGUCUCGAGUCUGGAGAGGAACACCAGACCGGCGGCAGAGGCUGUGCCUACACCGGCUCCCUUUGGCCAAAAUACAUUGCGACGCACUGGCUUCAAGGAGCGCAUGCUGGCCCGAGAGCAGCUGGAACAGGAGCAGGCUCUGAGCAUACGAGUGUCUGUCAAUGGUACAGCUCCUGCUUCCACAGCAGCACCUACUCCUACUCCAGCUCCCGCCAAAGCUACUGUUGUACCAGUCUCUAUAGUAGCACCUAUUCCGGCUCCCAAACCCACAUCCCCCAAGCCAACGCUGCCGGCCAAGAAUGUACAGCAGCCGGUCUUCAAGACCACCAAAGUGGAGGUGAAGCUCCAGCAGGCACCGGAGGAGUCAACCAAACCGGUGGUGCUGCAGGUAAAGCUGCGACCCAGCUCCCAGCCAGUAGUGAUGGCAGCCACAACGACGACACCACCACCACCGCCGCCGCCGCAGCAGCAGGUGCAACUGAAGCCGGUCAAGUCAUCGUCCGUGGGACGCAAUGCAUCCGGUGGACCGAUGGCAGAUCCCAGGUCGCAGCUCCUUGAGGCGAUACGCAACUUUAAGCGUGAAGAGCUCAAUCGAUCCUGAGGAUAUAUAUGAGAGCGGAAGAGGAACAAACCCUGGGCACAAGAAGCCGCACAAAUUGUAUUUUUUUUUCUAUGUAAUGUAAAUUUUGCUGAGAGCAUCGCCUUUCUUCAGUUGUAAAUAAUUAGAGAGCAGAUAAAUUACAGGAUUUAGUAGAACCUA